UAGACUAAUUAUAAGAUACUUCAAUAUUGGUCCCAGUUACUGUAUGAGUCAGUCAUUGAUUUGAUCAAUGGAUGGAGCGUGGUGGUAAUUCAAUCGACUGACAGUUCAGGGUUGAGGGGAUCUUGACAGUAAAGAAAACAUACACCACUAAUUACAAUUGUGUCAAACUGACACUUAGCCAAGUCCAAUAAGUACCCCCUUAUUCAAACUCAACCCCUUGAUCUGCCCCCUGAAAACUUAGUGUGCCACUGUGCUUCCGUGAAGUCUUUUCGCAUAAAAAAUAACUAUGCCUGUGACCUGAAUGCCAGCCUUAGCUCAGUGGGCAAACACUGAUUAGGGUCAUCUGCAUGUCAGGGAAGGGAGCGAAACUGGUUCAAUACAAAAGUCUAAAAUAGCCGACUGAAGUUUUUCAUAUGGCCCUGGAUUCGUUUAUAUGAAACGGGAAAAUGUCUACAAAAAAAUCACAUGGAAAGUAAAUAUCUAAUCAAAUACAAUCUGACGCAGUAGCAUCGUGAAUUGAAUGCGCGAUAUUGUAUGGUCACAGAGUUGUCUGUGACUUCAUGAGCAGCAGGGAGAAAACAGCAAAGGAAAACGCUAACCUUUAUCGGGGAAAAUAUCUGAGAAAACACACACCACUGCAGCCAAGAGUGUUACGGAAUUCAACUUUCCGUGGCUGCCCGGUGGAAAAGAAUGCCAUUAUAACUUUCAGCAAAAAAAAAAAUCCUCAAACGUGAUUUUUUUUUUUUACAUGGGAGGAGAAUGACUGUCCCAGCUGAGGACCCGUAAAAAUAUACUGGUGAUCAUUUUGUUGUUAGCUAACUAUUUAGCAUGCCAGCGUCGUUGCCUUUUAAAAUAGCAUUGCUCACUUGCUAAAUUUUGUUUGGAAUAAUUAAAUCAGUUGCGAUUCUAUUUUAUCACACAUCAAGCUAGCUAGUUAUGUUCUGAGCUUUUAGCAUUGUGGUUCUCGUUAACAUUUUUAGCCACUUUUAAUUCAUUUAGCGUUAUUUACUUGCGCCAGCAUAGUUAUCUAAAAUUAACCCACACUUUUUUUUACCUGUUAUUUGCAUAGCUAGUGUUAUCAAAUUAUAGUAAUUUAGUUAUUUUCUUUACCGAUGCCAUACGAGUUUGUUUUACACACUUGAAGUAUCUAGCUAACUGGCUACUUAGCGAGCUAAUUUGGUAAUUAGCUACACUAGCUAGCGCGACCUGGUGUUCUGUGAACGAUGUACACUGGUCCUGGCGCUGCCUUUUCCAGUCUGCGAAAACAAUACUCUUGUUUUGAUAAGCCCAUUUGAACCACCGCAAGUGUGAUUUAUUAGCGUAUGACUCCAGCUAGAAAGGUGUUAGGACAUUUUGUUUGGUCUUUAUUUAUUUUGCAUUAUUUUGAAUGCAUAUUUUAUUCGCCGGACAGAACGCUUUUCUUCUUGUUUUAGCGUGAGGCGCUGUCUGCCAGCUCCAUAGUUAGUGGAUGUGUCCGUUGCUUUUUUCCCUCUGUAUGUUUCUUAGGGCUACACAGCUAGCUUGCCAGUUGCUUAGUUAGCAGCAUUUAUUCGCUAGCUUACCGUGGUUAUUGACAUCGGCGAGCAGCACAAACCGUUUAUGAAUGUGGAACUGUUUUGGAAUUGUAUUUUUUAGGUUAACUAGCUGGCUGUAAUUAAUUACUAUCAGCCAGUGGCGUAUGAUUUGCGCUGGGGGUUUCAUUGUUAGCUAGCUAUCUGGCUAAUUGUGUAAAUUCGAUUGUGAGGAAAGGACCUAGGUUUCUUUGAAAGUAGCUAUGGAUGAUCAGACGCGAAUGCUGGCAGGUCUCGCCGGACUCGGCGGGUUAUCACAAGGCGACGUUGGCGACCCAGACUCUGUUAGAAAACAGCUCGGUCAACCGCAACAAGACAUUGGGGAUAUUCUACAACAGAUCAUGGCCAUCACAGACGAAAGCCUGGACGAGGCGCAGGCCAGAUGCUGGCCAGAGGAGUCGCCGGCGCACUGGGGCGGAUCAGAUGACCCCGCAGAGGGAGGGGAAGCUGGGGGGGGCACGGCAGGGGGUGGCCUGCCGCUCAACUUCCAGCACAGGAAACACGCCCUGAACUGUCACAGAAUGAAGCCCGCCCUCUUCAGCGUUCUGUGUGAGAUCAAAGAGAAGACGGUGCUGAGUAUCCGAGGCAUUCAGGAUGAGGACCCCCCAGACCCCCAGAUCAUGCGUCUGGACAACAUGCUGCUGGCCGAGGGCGUGUCUGGCCCAGAGAAGGGCGGGGGCUCUGCUGCGGCGGCGGCGGCUGCAGCAGCAGCAGGAGGGUCGCCCGGCGCCGACGGAGGCAUCGAACACUCAGACUACAGAGCCAAGCUGGCCCAGAUCAGACAGAUCUACCACUCUGAGCUGGAGAAAUAUGAACAGGCAUGCAGUGAGUUCACCAACCACGUGAUGAACCUGCUGAGGGAGCAGAGUCGCACGCGGCCCAUCUCUCCCAAGGAGAUCGAGCGCAUGGUGGCCAUCAUCCACCGCAAGUUCAGCUCCAUCCAGAUGCAGCUCAAACAGAGCACCUGCGAGGCCGUCAUGAUCCUACGCUCCAGAUUCCUCGACGCCAGGCGUAAGAGGCGUAACUUCAACAAGCAGGCUACAGAGGUUCUGAACGAGUACUUCUACUCCCACCUGUCCAAUCCCUACCCCAGUGAGGAGGCUAAAGAAGAGCUGGCCAAGAAGUGUGCCAUCACCGUCUCCCAGGUUUCUAAUUGGUUCGGCAACAAGAGAAUACGGUACAAGAAGAACAUUGGUAAGUUCCAGGAGGAAGCGAACCUCUACGCAGUUAAAACAGCGGUGGAUGCUGCCAGCGUGUCGGCGCAGGCUAGCCAGGCUAACUCUCCGGCGACGCCCAACUCAGGGUCGUCAGGGUCAUACAGCUUGUCUCAUGCUGGCGACGCUGCUGCUGCCUACCUCGGCCUGCACCCCUUGAACCUCAACGGGGCUGGGGAGGCCGUCCUCAACAUCUCUCCCUCUCUGCAGCCCCAGGUGGAUACCCUGCACCAUGUUACACGCCUGACGGCAGGCUAUGAGGAGCUAACCACUAGCGCCCUCUACGCCCCACACCGCCUCGACACUAGCAACAGCUGGCAGGACAACACCCAACCCUCCUGUGUCACUUCUCCACCAGCCCCCCCUGGCAGUGUCCACUCUGACACCUCCAACUGAGGCACCCCACUUCCUCCACCCCAGAGACCUCUUUCUUUUGGGAUAUGCUCGGACUACCCACUUACACCCCCCCCCCCAUCCUCCUUCCUGCCUACCUCUCCACUACCGGUCCGGACUGGGCAACUCAUGCCAGGCGCUGUGUAUACACACACAUACACACUCUCAAACACACACUUCUGUGGACUGUUAAGAUGGACAAGUGAACAGAAGACAUUUACCUUCCACACUAGAGAAAUUCUGGAGGCUCGUUUUUGUCUUCAUAUUGAAUGAGGAGACUGACUGGCGCCUGAUCAUGACUUCAUAACCCCUCGCUGCCUCCAGGACCUUUGACCUUUGGGGAACUACUAACCCAACCUGGCUGUGUAGGGCAGGUGAUGAUCACUGUCUGUACAUUACCUGUGUAAAUGCUCAUGUCAACUCCACACGGGGUUCACAGCCUGUCCAUUACCUAUCCCUUGUGAGGUUCUGGUGUUGACGCGUGUGAUAGUGGUCACACACACACACACACACUCUCUGGCGAUACGGAUCACAAGACGAGCUCUGCUCACCUUGCUUGUACCAAAGUGAUGUCCUCUCUCCUCCUUCCCCCAACCUGAUAGUUUUCACCCCCCCCUUCUGUUCCUCUGAGAACCAACUGGUAACACAAAGACGCCGUUGUUGUUUCUCCCAUCGUUUAGUAUUGAGCGAGUGCUUUAUAGGUCAGAUAUUCACACACCACCCACUUUUACAACCCCUCGUAUGGAACGUGGACACAGAUCUUUCGAGCACAAACUUUUGCACCUUUUUACAGGUGCCGUCUACCUGGUGACAGUAGUACUGGGGAGUUGAGCAUACAGUUGGCCUGAGGGCAGGACUGAAGAUGGAGUGGGAAAUGAGCGAUCCUCUUUAGUCCUCCAGAGGUCGUUUCUAUUGCGUCCCCCUUCGGUUAGUCAUCAAAAGCUAUCGACUCUUUUGUAGGCGUUUACUUUCCUCUGUCAACUACUUUUAGUUGAUUGUAGCCUUUUUCUUUCUAAUGUUGUUUCACAAAGAAAUGCACCAGCCACCAAAUAAACAGUUUGUUUAUAGAACUUAAAUGUGGUGUUGAGACGGUGGAAUGAAAUGCGUUUUGGGGCAGAGAGAUGGCUAUUUCAUUGGGGGGACAAAAUGUGACAUGAAAAUAUUUGUGACCGUCUUCCAAUGCAUGUAGGCUUUUUAGGUGUUCAGUGAUGGCGCUCAUUUAAAUAUUCAAGUUAUUUAGCUUCUUCACUUUUGUUUUCUCAAAGACACAGACCAAAAAGGAGUAAUGCUGUAUGUACAGAGUUUCUUAGAUGUUUCAAUCGGGAUGGCUUAAUGAACACAGCCCAGCCUUGCCGUAUUCAUUAGGAACGGAACUGGCUGAAGUGGAGGGACUUACCUGAAUUUGUCCAACAAGAAAUGUUUUUGUUUUUUUGCCAUUGCUAAACAUUUUUGCUUACGGUACAAAACGUUUCACUUUCGGUGUACACUAAUGAAUAGGACCCUGGGUUUAUACUCUACCAAAUGGUCUCUGUCUGGAUCAGAACUUUCCUGGGGGCGUGCACCGAAGUGCGUGAAGUCAGAGGUUAUGGAGUACAUUCAGCCUUUUGUUCAGUAGGGCGAAAACAUUUUUAAAAUGAGUGAUACGGGUAGGUGCUACUACCUGAACUUAUCCAAUAGGAAUGCGUGUUUUUGGUUGCAAACCGUUUUGCUACGUUGUGCCCUACUGAACAGGACUCGGGUGGAAGUCCCCGGUCCAGACAGGGCUUAAACUCUCAUCUACUCAUAAUAAUCUGUCUUGCUCACAGGCCACACUACAACUUUGCAUCGUACCAAAAAUACCGGUUAUCAAGAUGAUUAUAUUUCACACACAAAAGUUGGUGAAUAAAAAGUUUUCCGUUUUGGGGUAGAGGGAAUUGUAUUUGUACUUGUCUUUUUAUGGUGUUGUCUGGCCUCAUGUCGUUUAAGUUUGGGGUUAUAUAUGGGGGGGGGGGGCUGUUUGUCUGUCACACCAGUGCUAAAGAAUUGAUUGUAUCGUUGCUGUGGAGACGACAGAGCAUUGUUGCUGUAGAGAGCACCUGUUCCAUGGGAAGGCAUGUUGUUUUCUCCCUUUACUCCAUCUCAGAAUCUGCUGGUAAAAAUGGAUCCUAUUGGUUUAGCUCUAUGAUUUGGCCAAUCAGCAAGGGCUUUACUCUGUUAACUGUUACCAAAAAGGUACCACUGGUUUUAUUACGAUAAACAAGGUAGUCUUCAGUUUCUCUGAUUUCAUUUUAUUUUCAUUCAGCUUAAAAUUGUUAUUUACAAUCAUACAUCAACUGUUAAGAGUACCGGGCAUUUUGAUAAAGGACAAACUAUAUAUUAAACAGAUAUACAUACAUCGUUACAGAGAACUCUUAUAUUGUAUUACCCAAAUUAGUGUCCUUGUUUACUGUUAUUAUAAACAUUUCAUAUAGCUUAUUAUAUCUUACCACUACUACACCAAAUUAGUCUUGUCUUUUUCUACCAGUCGUAAAUGGAUGUCACUGUACAGAUUGUGGAAUGUUCGUUUCUCUUUUUAUAAACCCUCUGCUUUAUUUUUGGGUGAGUUGCCUGAUUGUUUGGUCUUUAAUGUUCUCCUGAGGUUGGGGUCAAGUUAACUAUUAUUUUUUGAAUGAUUAUUUGCCUAUUUUAACUUGGUCUUUUUGUUAAUUGGGGUUAUGGGUAUUGUAGUUUUGUUUGGUACUGUGAGAAUUCCAAUGGGAACUUCUGUGAAACCGCAUUUUAGCAAUAACCGCUGAAUUAAUGCCAGCACCAUUGCUGGACAUCUUGCUAGCAUAUACCGUGAAAUGCAUUUAAUCGGCCCUUACCUCAACUGGGGAGCAAAGUCUCUUUCUCUCACAUUUUUAGAAAUCCCUUAUCCAUUUAACUUCGGCCAUUUUGUCUGGAUUGACCCUUUUUUUUUUCUUUUUUUUUUCUCCAAGUAUUUUAUACUAACGAUACAGUUAAACGUAAAAAUGGAGCUAUUCCUAUACAGGUUGAGCCAAUAGUGAGUCACCUACUGUAGGAUUCUACCACAGAAUAUUCUAUCUGCGACCGUAGAAUUCCACAGCACCAAAUCAAACGAUACAUUAAACCCUUUUAAUGUGUCACUUUGUUUUGUUAGUAACUUUGUAUAUUGCUCCCUCUUCUUCGUCCCCUUGUAUUUUAAAUACCCCCUCUCGUCUCUACCUCUUUCUCUUGUAUAUAAAACCCCACUGUUUCAAGACCUGCGAGUCUGUACGAACUUAUUUUAUACCUCAACUUUAGAAUUGUUCUAGAACGAGUAAAAAGAAUGACAAGUUGUAGUGUUCCUUAUUAGAAGAAAAAAAAAUGAAUAAAAUAAUUGUGCUUUUCAUUA